UAUUAAUAUAAUUAUUAAUUAUUUUUAGAUGAAGAUAUCCAAAUCUCUCUUAAUCAUGGUUCUCAGCUGUGCUGCCCUGACGUCUGCAAAAACUUAUCUAGUGGAGACAGAACCGGAAUAUCAUUCAGAUACAAUUAUCGAUCACUUUGGACCAUUUGAAGAUAUCCCUCAGACAAAUCAACAAGUCAACUACUCUCCUCCUGAUGUCACUCCUCCUGCUGCUGCUGCUCCUGCAGCCGUGGCUCCUGCCGCUGCUGCUCCUGCUGCUGCUGCUCCUGCCGGUGCUGCUCCUGCUGCUGCUGCUCCUGCCGCGGCUGCCCCUGCUGCUGCUGCUCCUACCAAAACUGGAAGAUCUUAUGCUUAAAGAAAUAAGUAUAACAUUUGUAAACAAACAAAAUAAAAUCAAGAUUUCCA